ACUUCCCCGACGUGGCCACUCCGCUUUGCGCACCUGUUACGUUCUUCCACGCGAGCGACAAUCUUUCGAGAUUCUCGAGUGUCGCCACGGGUCCCGCAUGGGAGUACUACAUCCGGGUUGCCAUACAUCAGCAGGCAAAGCUUCACAGAACGCCUCAGCGAAUGUACGCAGCGUUGUCGUAUAUGCUCUCUCAUCCACCAACAUUCAAUUCAUGGUACCAUCCAGCCGCCGCGUGCGGCGGAGUCUGGCAAGCACUCAUCCCCGUCGUGCACACUACCUACUCUUAUCCGCUGGACAUGGUACGUUGCUGAGUGCCACUUGCGAAAAGUCAAAUACGAUGUCGCCAUGAACUUGUCAGCGCGAGCGGUCGCGGCUGGCACAGCCUUGGCUUCUUCCGCAACUGGCGAAUUAGUGCUGGAACGCCAGUAUAUUCUCCUGCGCAGCUCGGUCAAUCUCGCCCUCUCCACUGGCGACCUGGAAAGUGUACGAUGCCAUUUGCGACACCUCUUCGUAUUGGUGCAUACGCAUCCGGAGUGGGCAGCGAAAGCCAUGGCCGGCAGUGACUAUCUUGCUGAAAUAGUCCAGAGGCCACUCUAUGGACUCGAGAUGCGGGCAAACGAUCGACAUUUGACGAUUGGCUCCGGCAACGGCGCAAGCCUGGGAGAUUGGAUGGCCAAGUUGGUGCGCUCUGGCAAGAGACAAUCAACGUUGAAUCGAACUCCGCCGAAACCAUUAGCGUUCACCUCCCUCCAGGAUAUAACCGACUUUCUGCAUAGCCUUCAAGACUCCGUGUGGAGAAUCGAGCUCGGAGUGCAAAGGGCCAGUCAAAGGUGUGUCGACGACUUUCUGAUGCGCCGCCCGCUCUUGCGAAGGGGUCUAGACCUCUCAAUGAAGGAAUGCCUCAAGUCUUGCGUAAGUCGAUUUGUUGCUCUGGAUGCGGGGUUGCGGAAAAGGAUCGAGGAUACGCUCAGGGGCUUUGAAAUCUGGCGAGAUGCGUUUGAUGGACUCAUGAAAUCCGAUUCAGUCGUCGUGGCGCGUCACCACCUGUUGAUCAUCCAGGCAUUUUGCGCCCACUUUAGACUGGUGGCCUGCCGAGUGAUCGAAGAGAUUGGAUGGGAUCGCCAUUACCAGGUAUUCGUACAGCAGAUUGCGGUGGUGACUGAGUAUUUGAGGCUUGGCGAGUAUGUCGAUACAACGGAAUGCGGUCCACCGCGUCAGAGACCGCACUAUCACUCGACAUUUGGAGAAUGGGGUGUUUUGCGUGCCCUCUAUCUGAUUUGCACAAAGUGUCGCGAUCCCAAUACCAGACGGAAGUCGGCGCAGUUGCUGGCAGGCGCUCGAUGGGAUGAAGGUACUCUCUCCAGCACGGUGCUGGCUAACUAUUCAAAGGCCAUCUUUGGGGCGGAGGAAGGCCGGGCGGGCGGGAUAUCAGAAGAGGCUCUUGUAAGUACUUCUUCCGGCCUGGUGAAAGGGCACUAACCGUUGGCUUCUAUGAGGUCUUUACUGGCAUUUUUGCAAACUCGAUUCCGGAGAGGGCGCGGUUCUCGGAUGCCGUGGCA